AUAAUAGAUGAUAUCAUUUCUUAUGUUCCUGAAAUGUUGGUUGCAUAAGAACUGGGCGCUUGAAGGUGAUUUUCUUGCGAUACGAAAGCUGUGAAGAUUUUUGGUAAAAUGUUCAAGCCAACGAAAGAUAAUGGUAUGGAAUUUGCUCCUUUGCGAACGCUGGGCGAUUUUGUGUUGGAAUCAGCCCGGUUUCAAUUGCCGAACUUCAAAGAUCUUGAUAAAUGGGGUUAUAGAGUGACGAAUAAUUUGCUCUAUUACCAAUCCAAUUAUUUUCUCAUGUCUCUUUUGGUAUUCGCUAUAAUCGGGGCUUUACAUCCUGUUAAAAUGGUAUAUGGUCUCGCUACCAUUACCAUUUUGAUUCUCAUAUUCUGGUACACCACCAACGAAAACCCCAUGGCGAGUGAUUUCAAAAAGAACCACCCUAUUGUUUCAAUAUUGUUUGUUCUAGGUGGAAUUUAUCUUGUCAUGAACAUGCUUGAUUCUAUUGUGGUGUUCUUUAUUGGUAUUUUAUUUCCAUUCUCAGCUAUAUUCAUUCAUUCUUCUUUACGUUUGAGAAGUGUAAAGAAUAAAUUGGUGAACCAAGCAGAAAAUUACAAGCUUACUCAAACUCCAAUGGGAUUUUUUCUUAAGGAACUUGGACUUCGCACAGAUGUAUUUUGACUGGAAGUGUAAAUUACGAAACUUUAUGAGGCAGCUCAAGAUAAUGUGGCGAAGGUGCCUCACUCACAACAGUUACCGUACAGUAAAUUUGGAUAUUGAUUAAAAUAAAUAAGAGCUGUGUACUUGAAAGCUUAUAUAUUUUGUUACAUAGUAAGAAUAAAACUAUACUCUUUCAAGUCUUAAAAUAGUUAUUAAAAUUUUGUUGUAAACUUGGGAAGGCAUAAAUUCAAGAUAGAUUUUUAGGUCAUAAGGAUUUAAUAUCUUCUAUUUUAAAAAAAUAGAUCGAUAUGAUAAAUUUAAUUCAUCUCCAAACACGCGUUCUCCCAAGUUGAAUUUAUAUUUAUACAAUAAUAUACCUUACACUUUCAACUCUACUUAACUUGAAAAAUAUAUCUAUUUUUUUAUAUAUUUGUUACCUAUUUAAGCGUUUUAGGAUUUUUUUAUUGUAUGCUUACGUUAUAUUUAUCUAUUUGUGAAAUAUAUACUCUAGUCUUUUAUUGUAUUUAAAUUGAAUACGCGUUAUUAUGUAUUAUUACAAUAAAAUGUUUUUUGAUUCAAA